AGCAUCACUUCCGUUCUUCACCUCUUGAGCAGUAACGAAACCUCAUCUCCCAAGCAAACCAAGCCCCAACCUCAUCCGACAAUGCGCACCUCACUUCCCCUCCUAACAACACCCUCCCUCUUGGCUCUCGCUCACCUCGCAACCGCGACACCAUACCAAUGCCCCCCCUUCGGCGCCGUCCUCCCCGCCGCAAAACUCCCCUCCACACACCCCUCCGUCCGCGCCGCCGUCGCAACCUUCCUCGCGGCCCUGGAAGCCGAGACAGCAGCCUAUAACGCGUCCGCCGUCUCCAUCGGCGUCAGUUCCGCUUUCGAGGCUGCCGGUACGGAACCGCUGGUGGAUUUCCACUUUACGCCGCGGAAUCGCGAUGCGUUGGGCGCGCAGGUGGUGGAUCGGGAUACGGUGUACCGGCUCGCGAGCGUGAGUAAAGUGUUUCCGGUGCUGGCUGCGCUGCAGAGGGAUGAUGUUUUGCGGUGGGAUGAGAGUGUGGUGAAGUAUAUCCCCGAGCUGGGAGAAGGGACGGAGGGGAGGAGUAAGGUUGAGUUUGUGGAUUGGGGGGAUGUUAGUGUUGAGGCUGCUGCUGUUCAUUAUGCUGGUGUUGGGGCUGAUAUGAUGACCGAUGGAGCGGCGUAUCCUGGUGAUUGGGAGUCUCUUGGUUUGCCUCCUGUGUCUGAGGAGGAGAAGCCCAAGUGUGGAGGGUUCUUGGGUGUUCAGAGUUGCUCCAGAGAGGACGCCAUGAAGAACCGCCGACCGCCCGUCUACCCAGCCUUCCAAACACCAGUCUACUCAAACCUAGGCACGACUCUCGUAGGCAUGGCAGUCGAAGGCGCCACAGGCAAGCCCUUCGAAGAAGUCCUCUUCGAGUCCAUCCUGAAACCGGCAGGCAUGGGCAACACCACCUACGGCAAGCUCCCCGCGAGCCUGGAGACAAUGUUCAUCCCCGCCAACGACACCGAGUGGUUCAACUUCACCCUCGGCGCCCUGGACCCAGCGGGCGGCCUCUUCUCCACCACGGCCGACAUGCUCCGCUUCGGCGACGCCGUCCUCCAGAACCGCCUCCUCAGCCCGGCCAAGACGCGGCGGUGGCUCAAGCCGUCCGUCUUCACGUCUGCGCCGGGCCAAUUUGUCGGUGCGCCGUGGGAGGGUAUACUUUCGGAUAACGUCACGGCGGACGGGAGGCUCGUGGAGAUGUAUACCAAGGGCGGCGACCUGAUACUCUACCAUGCCGGUUUGGCCCUGGUUCCGGAGCACGGUAUCACCAUGUCGAUCCUCGUUGCCGGGCCGGAAGUCAGCGCCGCCGCGUUUUCGUAUUACACGCUCAAGAUGAACGAGUUCCUGCCCCCCUUGCUCCGCGCCCUCGACGAGGCGGCGCGGGAUGAGGCGAAAGCCAGGAUCGCGGGGACGUAUGCGGAUGAGGCGAGUAAUUCCACCCUGACAAUCUCGUUGGACGACGGGUGGGGGCUGUUGUUGGAGGAUUGGUACAUGAAGGGGUUCGAUGUCGUGCCGAAUCUGAGCCGGUACUCGUUCUUGGGGGUCAACCUGACGGAUCUGCCGCCUGCUACGGGGCGGACGGCGAGGUUGUAUCCCACUGGGUUGGAGGAGGGGAAUGUCACGGCGUGGAGGGCGCUGUUUGAUACGUUUACGGCGGAGCAGCGGGAUGCGAUUGAUGAUAUGUUCUUCUUUCCUAAUGCGUCGUGCGUGUCGUGGUUGUCGAUGGAUCGGACGAUGUAUAACUAUAAGGGGCUUGAUCAUUUUGAGUUUACGUAUGGGGAUGAUGGGAGGGUUGAGAGUGUGUUGCCGAAGCCGUUUAAGUUGAGUUUGAAGAGGGUUGACUAGGAGGAUUUGGAGGAGUAGAGAUGACUUGUUGUAGGCACAUCUGCAAUAGAGCAAGGUGGAUGUCAAGAUUAGUAGAGAUGAGUUGGACCUUUGAAGAAGAUAGGUUUCUAGCAAAAUACCUAUCUAGGUACGGUUUACAUGAGAUCAAACGGCGACUACAACAGCUAUCAGAUCAGGUUUCAGCAUCAUCAAGACGAGGCUCUUACUAUUUGUUUUCC